AUGGCCUCACUUCAUUGCUCCGGCAAUCGAGGUCCACGCUCCUUUUCUGCUUUUGACUCUUUACAACCAGCUUCAUCGUCAACACACAGCUCAUCUUCGCGCCCUGGAUGUCGUUCACGAUUCUCACACCGGGGGCUACUCUACCAGACCCUCCUAAUUCUAAUCAUAAUUCUCUGCAUCGCGCCGGUUUCCGCACUCGUCGAACCCAUCGAACCCGGCCGACUUGCACAUUUCGUGCGAUCUACUUCGCAACCGAGUGGAGAAGAGCCCACUGCCGAUCACCAGGGAUCAUCGCCAUCGCGCGAUCGGCUGGCACCCGAGGAUGAGCACAAGGACAUCUCACAGUCCCAAGCGUCCAACAAUGCCUCAUCCAAUGCCUCCAAUUCCACAUCCACAUCCACGUCGAUCUCUAUCGCCUCCAAAUCAACGGAGAGUUUCGUAUUCCCUACCCCAUUCGACACCCUGGCCAACACCUUCGCCAACGCCAGCUGCUCCGCUUUCUUUGCGGACUUCCUCGCCAAUUCCACAAUAAUGGACUGCCACGCUGUCUCGCUGCUUCUCGAGAACUCCGUUUCCUUUUUCCAUAUACUCUCUUCUGCCGCCGAGACGUCACAUGUGCUCGACAUCGCCUGCAACGCGCCCGUCACUCAAUGCGCAGACAUCCUGUCCGCUUUGGCGAGCGAUAUGCUCGAAGAUGAGAAUUGCGGCACAGAUUACUCCCAGGGAAAUACUGUCGUUCAAGGUGCAUACGAUGACCUGGUCGCGUAUGAACCUCUCUAUCACGCGACAUGCCUUACCAACCCGGUGACACAGAACUACUGUUUCGUUGACGCGGUCAAAAAUGCCUCGGCGCCGGCAGACUACAAUGUAUACUUUGUUCCACUGGGCGAGACCCUAGGCUCGCCUGCCGCGGUAACCUGCAACCAGUGUCUCCAGGCAACGAUGGGUCUCUUUUCGCGCUGGGCUACGCAUGAUGACCAGCCGCUCGAUCAGUCCUAUCUUCCCUCUGCUCGCGCGGUUAAUGGGCAGUGUGGUGCUAGCUUUGCACCUGUGAAUAUUACCGUCGGCGCUGAUAAAGUGAGCUCUGGUGCUGAUCUUUCGGCUUCUUUACCUUCGACCCUCCUGGUAGCUGUCUUCCUUGGUGCUCCGUUUAUCGGUCUUGUCUGA